AGGGACAGAUGUCCGCCGCUAUAAAAGUCGCGGACGAAUCGUACGCGGUCUUGUCACUUUAAAAUGUCGCGCGCCACUUCUCCACAUCGGCCCCUCUGGCCGUCCUGCAUCGCACUUUUAUUAUUUAUAUUAAUGUUAACGUCGAUGACGUUGCGACGAGUGGACGCCAGCCCUUUAUGGAAUUUCACUCUACAAUCCGAGAACACGACGACUGCGAGUUCGCUGGUGAAUUCAACGAUCAGCUCGACGGAGACCGCGUCCAACACCGACGUAUACGUGAUAAAAGCUGUAGUUUACGAAAUUGGGAUUCUCACAGACACGGAUAAUACAACGAGUAGCGAAAAUAACGAAAGUAGCGAAAGUACCGAAAGACAAGAGAGAGUCGACAUAUCGUUGUACAGUGCACCGCAGGAAGACCAGUUCUAAUUCAAAUAAACUUAUUUCGAUCUCGGAGCGAAUACGACGGAAUACGAAUCUACGCAUCUAAACGCGUUUAGAAAUCGAGAACGAGAAAUGAAACGUAAAGACUGCGCAUAACACGACGAUGUUAUCGAGUGCAUAGUAAAUUAUUAAUUAUACAUUGUAUAAGAUAGAACGUAAAGACAACAACGCAGAGUGCGAUGUACGCAAUUUAUAAAUUUCGAUAUUAAAUCUAUAACGCUGUGACAA